AUGGAUUCAAUUGAUGUCAGAGAAGACUCUUUCCCCUCUCGAUCCCGAGAGAUCUCAGGACAAGUGAACGGAGUCGCCACCGAAAUCACAUCCACCAGCUUUACAGACAAGAUCCUAAUCACCAUCUCCCAAGAAGGCCGCCUCUCACAAUGGAUACAAGUCCCUCUGACAGGAUCCUCAUCUGGCGUGGUUGAGAUGAAUCUACCAAGCUCGAACAAGGGUCUUCUCCCCUCAACGCAUCUCACACCAACAACGUUGUUCGGAGGCGGGGGUGAGGAGCGCGAGACUUUGGGGCAGCUUUAUGCGGCACAAAUUGCAAGUCAAAUAUGUCUGAGGUCGCCGGACGAUCGACGCAUUCUUGUUCUGGGUCUUGGUCUUGCCAAAACUGAUCUUGAGCGUGAAGCUUUCUUUGAUCUGUUGGAACUUGUUCAGCAGGUCCUAUAAGCUCUAAACGAAAUCACGAGCACCGUUGCCUCCGGAUUGUCUAUUCUGUGAUCAAACCACUACAUUGUGACCUGCUUUCAACAUUCUUCAGCCGACCCGCAGCGACUUGUUAAUGCACAUCAACAUACUACGAAGGCAGGGAUGAGGGAGGAACAUCACUGAGGCGCCGGAACCACCUCCAGUCGUCGGUAUAUGGAUAUCAAGACCAACCUUACGGAGGCAAUAGAGAAUCCGUGCUGAGGAACAUUCAUGUAUUCAUUAAAGAUGCACGGUCAACACAAAUCCUAGCGCGUAUCUGCUCUCAGACAGAGUCCUGAACUUUGUCUGCAUAUCUACUUGGCACCCAGAGCAACAUCGCCAUCAACAAUCCUUUUUUUGUAACCUGGUCGACUUGUGAGCGUGAGAUCAGUGACGACAACCUGGCCUUUUAUAGCCAGCGCAACGACCAAAUUGUCAGCAGUCACAAUGAAAAAGGGGAGCGUGGCAGUAAAAGGACAGCCACUCGUAUACGGAGCAUGACAAUUAAGCGUUCA